UUAUUAUCCUUAAUACCUUUUUUUUAUCAUUUACAAAGGCAUACUUAUUAAAUUAUAGGAUACCAUUUAUUAUUUAGAAUGAUUUCUACCACAAUUAACAAACAUUUAAAACCUUUAAUGGUUGAUGAUGUUAGUUAUACAUAUUAUGAUAUUCUUGCAUUCUUGGAUGAAAAAUUUCCAGAAUCUAGGGGAAAUUAUGAUAAAUUGCCUUACUGCCUUAGAAUUUUACUUGAGUCUCAAAUCCGCAACCUUGAUGAUGACCAAAUUAAAAUGCAGCAUAUUGAUGAAAUAUUAAAAUGGCCUAAUAAAAUCAGUGACACUAUCAAUAUUGUUGAUGCGAAAAUUAAAUCUAUAGAUGAGGAGUUUGCAAAAAAUUUUGAAGUAACAUUCAGGCCCUCAAGAGUUUUAUUCCAAGAUUUUACUGGAAUUCCUGCAUUAAUAGAUUUUGCAGCUCUUAGGGAUGUAGCCUACAAAAAUUAUAAAAUUGAUCCAAUGACCAUCAAUCCAAUGUGUCCAGUUGAUCUGAUAAUUAAUAAUUCUAUCCAUAUUGACCACAGCAAAGACUUGGCAACACAAAUCAAGCUUGUGCAACAAGCUAAGGCUCAUACAAAAGAUCUGAAUGACUCAACCUCUUCUCAAAAUAUUAAUAAUUGUCAAAACACCAAAGCAAUCAACACUAAAUCAAAAAACAACAAUGUUAUACCGAGUGAUGGACACAUGUUUAGAUCCCCAUCUAAUCACUUAGGACACCCAUUUAAUUCAUUCCUUCCUCCUACAACAAAUUUUAUUGCUCCACACUCUCAGCCUAUCUUGUCAUACCAUCCAAUUUUACUCAAUCCUCCAAUAUACAACUUUUAUCCACCAUUACCUCCUUAUAACCCUAACCCUUACUUUUUACCGCCAACUUAUUCUUCUAACUUUAAUUAUACAUAUUCUAACAAUAUUAGUUCUUCAUAUUCAUUGAAUCAAAUACCUCAAAAUAAUUACCAAUUCCCCAAUGAUAAUAAUAAAAAGUUAUCCAAAGAUGUAAAAAUUAUCAAAUGUAAAGAAACCAAGAUAGAACUAGACCCUCUGCACAUAAAUGGCUCUUUUAAUGCACAGUCACAAACAUCUAACUGUCAGAAGCCAGAUCAAGCUAAAUUCAAAAUCCUAGAAAAACUUAGCCAAAGUGGUUAUCUUUGUCCUGGAUUGGCUAUAAAGAAUCAGGUAUCAGAAUUGACCAAUCAGGAAAAAGAAUUUGAAGAAAAUUUUGAAAAUGAUGAUACAUUUGAAGAAGUAAAAGAUGGAUGCAUGAUUUGUGAAGCACCUCCCCCAUCUGGUCAAAAUAAAAGAUACAUUUUUUGUCCCUUUCAUGAUACAGUCACCGAUUGCGCCAGUACCCUCAUUAAUAGUUACGCGCUAGAAUUCGAACGCAACAGAGAAAGAUUAGCUUUUAUGAAGUGGGCUUCUCAAAACUUUCGAAAUGUUAGACUCAUCCCUCCGGGCGAUGGUAUAUCCCACCAAAUACGCUUGGAAUAUCUCUGCAAAAUCGUAAUGUGCCCAAAUGAACUAGCCGAGGAUUUUGACCGCCUGCUUCAAAAUGAGACAGAUACCGGAAGGUUGAUAUAUCCGGAUUCCUUGGUCGGAACCGAUCCUCAUUCCACUAUGGUCAACGGGCUGGGGGUCUUUGCUAGAAAUGUGGGAGGUAUAGAAGUCGAAAACGUGAUGUUAGGACGCCCCAUAACGAUUUCCAUAGGAAACGUGGUAGGAGUCCGUUUGAGUGGGAGCUUAAAUACUUAUGUUACUUCCACGGAUCUAGUCCUCACUAUAACCAAAGUUUUGCGCGGCCUCCCUGAUACUUUAAACGGCAGCACUGUCGAAUUUUUUGGACCCGGUUUAGGCGAAUUAACGGUGACAGAUCGGAUAACAGUUGCUAGUAUGUGCCCCGAGUACGGGGCUCUUUCGGCGUUUUUCCCUUUUGAUUUGAUCGCGUUAGAUUACUUGAGUUAUACGGAUCGGUCCGAACACGAAAUUCGAAGAAUGAAAAGCUAUUUUCAAUCCAUCCGAUUAUUGAGAGAUCACUCUGAUUCAACUCAAUCCGAUCCAAUUUAUUCUAAAGUAAUAGAUAUAGACUUAUCACGCGUUAAAACCUGUAUAAGUGGGCCGAAAAAAUCGCAAGAGAAGAUAACAUUCACUGGCGGACCCAUUCCCUUAUCCUUACUUAAUCGUCGAGGAUCUGCUGAUCGUGCAGACGCAUCCGUCACUCAAGACAGCGAGCUUUCGGAAGAAUUUGAGCUAUCACUGGUGGACCGUAAUAAGGCUGUUGACAAUUUACUUGCUGAUGCAAACGAUAACUUUACCCUUAAGCGCCUGCGCACUCCUUCACUUCUUCCAUUGAUCCAAUAUAGUCAUGUGAUUCUAGCAGCCAUUACCUCUUGCACCAAUUCGACUAAUCCUAGCACAAUGUUGGCCGCCGGCUUAUUGGCGAAAUCAGCUGUGGAAUCAGGACUCUCCAUUCCGGCUCACGUGACCGCCAGCCUAUCUCCUGGUGGACCAGUUUCCGUUGCCUAUUUGAUAGACAGCCUAACCCUGCCCUACUUACGAAGGUUGGGGUUCCGAGUCACUGGCUAUGGAUGUUCAACUUGCGACGCUAAUUCAGGGACCGAUAUGAAUUGUUUAGACUGUUUGAUGUUGGGCAAAUCGAUUCCUAUCACAGACGGCCCUAAACAAAAGGCUAAAAAUUCCAACGUGAUGCUAUGCUCUUUCCUUUCUGGUCACCGCAAUUUUGAGGGGCGGAACAUACCUCAUGCUGGACUCAAUUUUUUGGCCUCACCCCCUUUGGUCGUAGCUUAUGCCUUGGCAGGGACUCCUCAGCACGAUUUUCUUAAUGACCCUUUCCCCAUCAAAUCUGGCCAAAACAAGGAAAUUUAUUUAAGAAACAUUUGGCCUACCCGCGCCGCUAUAGCCGAAAUUGAGAAGAGACUGGUGUUGACGGCUAUUUAUAGAAGGCUUGACAAGAGCAUUCAAACUGGAAACAAGGAUUGGCAAUCUAUCUCCAUUCCUACCUGUGAUUCGUCUUUGGCCCAUGGAUUGUUCCCCUGGAAUAACUCAUCGUCCUACCUAAGGUGCCCGCCAAUUUUUGACAACACGGUGACUCCUAUCCAUAAAUCCGAUUUUAUAACAGAGGCUACUGAUUGUUUAAUAGAAGGCGCUAGAUGCAUAGUAUUUUUGGGAAAUUGUAUUAGCACCGACCACAUAUCGCCUGCGGGCAGCAUAGCCAGGAAUAGCCCAGCAGCUAAAUAUCUGGCUCAAACGGGUUUAAGUCCCAGGGAGUUUAAUUCCUACGGCUCUAGAAGGGGUAAUUACGAAGUAAUGGUUAGAGGAACUUUCGGCAAUCCUAGACUGGUCAAUCAGCUGUUAAAAACCGCCAAAUGCAAAGUUCCUUCCAACCAUUCCAUCCAUUUUCCUUCUCGGCGUACUCUUUCGGUCUACGAGACGGCCUUAUUAUACCAAGUGACUCGCACGCCACUUAUGGUUUUGGCUGGUCAACUAUUCGGGACUGGAAAUCCUACUCGUGAUUGGUCGGCCAAAGGGCCACGCAUGCUCGGUGUACGCGUCAUUCUAGCUGAGAGCUUUGAUAAUACCUAUCGAAUCGAUUUGAUAUCCGUCGGAAUUAUGCCACUGAUCUUCGUUGAAGGAGAAAAUGCGCAAACUCUCAAGCUUAAUGGAACCGAGACCUUUGAUAUUUACGGUAGGAUGUGUGAUCAUUUGGUCGACGGAAGAAAUCCAGGAAUGAAUAGCGAACUGUUUUUGAAACCGAGACAAACGCUCGGUGUUAAGGCUACAACCGAUGAUAAGGCUAAAGAAAUUCAUUUUAAAGCAAUUUUGUUAGCUGAAAAUGAGAUCGAAUGCCAAUAUUUGCAAUCGGGUGGCAUUUUGCAGCACACACUUUCAAAAAUCGUUUAUUAAUUUCAUUAGAUAUUUUUUUUAUCAGCGGAAACCAAUUAUAUCGAAAUUGCGAUUUUUUUUACAUGUGACAUAUUUGUAAUUUCAUUUUUCCCUCCCCCUCCCUCUGCCUUUUUUCCUCCCAUAUUUCACCAUUCUUUUUUACUCUAUAUUAUUUUGAUAACAGUUGAUUUCUCAUUUUUCGGGGAAAUCUAAUGAAAUGACAUAUUGCUCAAAUAACUAAAACUACCAGACUCUUAUUGUCUUUUUAUAACAACAAGGCCGAAUAAUUAAUUUUUUUUAUAGUAUGAAUCAGUUUUUUAUUAAACAAACCUUAGACUAAAAAAAAAUAUUUGAUUAGGGGACAUUAGUAUUCUUUUUUUUUCAUUUAACACAAUCACUUAAAUGAUUUUUAAAAAAAUUAUAAAUAUUUAAAUAAAUGUAUAUAUUAUUU